AUACGGCAAAAUGCAACCCUGCAUUAAAAUCCACUUAAAAACAACUGGACGCUGAAUUUCUGUUUAACUUUUAUGAAAUGCAAAUAUACAAUUAAAUAAGUAAAUUAAUUAAUAAAAUGGAAACAAAUUUGGAAAAUAUUAAUGAAACCUGGUGUAGAACUUGCAAUGAAAAAACAAACAUCAAUUUUUUGCAUUCCUUGGAGCAGAGAACUGAAGCCUACCCGACCCUUGCAAGUAUGCUUUUAGAGAUAACAGGAAUAAAUACUAAGAUCGAAAAUGAACAGAAAACUCUUCCGCGACACAUAUGUGGGAACUGCACUUAUAAGCUGAAGAAUGCAUACGCCUUUGUGAAACAGGCGCAGCGCGUUAAUAAACACUUCCUGGCUACACUACAUGAAAUAACUAAUGAUAAUGUAUCUAAUGAACAAUGCAAAUUAGUGGAUUGUUUACAAGAAUUGCCAAUUGAUAUGGAAUCUGUUCAAAUAAAAAUGGAAAAUGACACAGAUGAAAACGUUUUUGAAAGGUUUGGUGUACUAAAUGCAGAUUUAAACAACAUAGGAACUUGUGAGAAAACUAACAUAAAACAGAGUAGCUCUAACCUAAAUAAAGCGGUGAAUACUGCAAUAAAUAAUGAUUGUGAUAUCAAAACAGAUUUUAUGUCUCUUGGUGUCCAAGACGAAACCAGUACUUUCAAUACACCUUUUGAUACAGUGGAUCCAAUAACUGUAGCUGAAACACACUGGGACAGCGAUAAUAGCGAUUGUGAUAUGAACUAUACAAACGGUACUGAAAGUUCAGAGAGUCCAGCAUCUGAAAAACUGACAACACGUCGACGGCGUGGGCGUCCAUCAAUGAAGAAAUUGCAUUCAGAAGGCGGUCGAUUUUAUUGUAAUGUAUGCGGAAAAACAUUUGCUUGGAAGAAGGAUUUACAACGUCAUGAAAAAAGUCAUUUCGCUGUACCCGACUUGCAAUGUCAAUAUUGUGAACGGAAAUUCUUUCGUAAAGAUAAACUUAAUGAUCAUUUGAAAACGCAUCAAAAAUCAAAUCACAGAUACCAAUUAAGACGACAACCACAGUGGAAUUUUGCAGACCUUUUAUAUACCGAUAAACCAUUCCAAUCAAUCCAAUGUAAAUUAUGCGAAUAUAAAUUCGAAAACACUACUGAAUUAAGGAUGCAUAUGGCGGUGCACUCCAAUCCUGAGUCAUUGCAACAAUUGACUCUUAGUAGUGAGAUUAUUAGAGAGUUAUUCUCCCAAAUCACAGAACUCGAUAAAAUAUAUACGGUCAUAUGUGAAGAAAUAGCACAGAAGCAAUUUGCAAAAUAUUGUGCAGUUAUAAAUGUGUUUGGGUAUGAAAUGUGCCUUAGUGAUUCUGAUUCGGACACAGCUGAACCAGAAACUAAAAUGAAAGUAUAUGAAUGUGAAUUAUGUCAGGAAAAAUUUAAACGAAAAUAUCAAGUGCUUGCACAUGUAAAGGAGCAACAUACCAUUGAUCAAUUGCCUUAUCGUUGUAGCGUUUGCAAAUCAGAAUUUGUUUGCAGUCAAAUGUACCAGUUACACGUGAAUAAACAAUGUCAUUGCAAGGAAAAGAAAUAUCAGUGUCUGAAAUGUCCAGGUAAAUUUAUGUGGUUGGAUAAUCUUAAAGGACACAAAUGUAUCACCAAAGUUAACAGCACAGAAAAUAAAAUAAGCAAAGACAAAGACUUAAUAUGUAAAAUUUGUGAUGAGAAGUUUACAAACCUUAAAGACUUAAAACUGCACUUAAUUACCCAUGACACAGAAAUGGAAACUAUAAGCUGUAGUAUUUGCGAACAACAUUUCGUUAACUCCGAAGAGUUAAAUCAACAUAUUGCACAAGAGCAUAAACAGUUUUUGGGUAAGUUGCAAUGUUGUUUAUGCCUGGAAGAAUUUCAGAAUUUGUCACAACUACGAGCACAUCUGAAGCAGCAUGCAGAUGGUCUGACAGGUGUUAACAUUAGUGAAGGGCACUUUUUUCAAGUUUAUUAUCCAAAUGGUUGUGAUGGGCGAGAAACUGAAGUAGCGAAUCAUAUUGCAUCAGAUUUUAAGGACAAUAAUUUAACGAAAUAUUACAUUGCGUUAGACGAUAGCUACAACGAAAUGGAUUUGUAUGAUUCGGAAACAGAUAAUGAUGAUAUGGAUUUAAUUACAAAAGCAAAACAGUCUGCUACUAUAUACAAAUGUGAUAUAUGUCAGAAGACAUACCAUAGACGUAAACAUAUACUUCUCCAUCAAAUUAGUCAACAUAGGGACUGCAGUACCUUACCACAUGUCUGCACUCAUUGUAGUAGACAGUUUGUAUGUUCUGCUAUUUUAGAUCAGCACAAAAAUAGAGAUUGCAUGAAUACUAACAAAAAAUUUCGGUGUGAAAAUUGUGCUGAAAGUUUUAUCUGGGAAGCUAAUUUAAAAUUACAUUUUCAAGCGCGUCAUGUUAAAGUGGAGGAUGAAGAAACUAAAACGAAUGAAGGAAAGAGACUGCAAUGUGAUCAAUGCCAAAAAGUUUUUGUAUGGCCUAAAGAUUUAACUCGACACAAACGUGUGCAUAUGCCAGACGAUGAAAAAUACGAUUGUCCUUAUUGUGAUCGUAAAUUUAAUAGGAAGGAUAAUAUGCAUUCUCAUUUAAAAGUGCAUGGCAGUAAAGCCGUGGCUUCUGUUUUGCCCAAAAAGGAUGUAAAUCGACAAAAAUUAACUAAAGUCAAAGGCAUUGAUGAAAAUAUGUGCAAGCCAAAUGGUUGCAAAAUUAUACAAUGCAAGAUAUGUCUGUCUAAACAUACAAAAAUAUCUGAUUUAAGCACUCAUUUACGUACUCAUCAAUAUGUAGUAUCAUUUGCACAACAUCAAUUACCCAUGACAGAAAUAUCAAGCCUGUUAUAUCCCGAAGAAGAACCAAUGGAAGAACAAGUGCUGAUAGCACGUAUAAUGGCAGAUGUUGCAAGACAAAAUUUUGAGCAUUUUUAUUCCAUUACCAAUGAAGUUGGUUAUGAGUUGGAUUUGAAAUGCUCAGAAACUGAGAGUGAAGCAAGUGACUCUGAAAUGGGUAAUGCAGUUGGUAAUUUUUUGGGAAAUCGCCUUCCCAAAAAGUAUGGUUGCGAAUUAUGCGGCGUAUCGUUUCAACGUAAAUAUAAAUUAUUCGAGCACCAAUUGUUGAAACAUGAAUGGAAUGAAGCACAGCAUGUGUGUAUUAAUUGUAAUGCUAGAUUUCUUUCCGCUACUAUCCUUCAACAACACUAUGAUGAUCAAUGUAAAAAUAUUAGUAAACGUUUUCUAUGUCGAAAAUGUCCUCGACGUUUCAUGUGGAAGGAGAAUUUGAAAUCACAUUUGCGCACUAUACAUUCAGAAUACGACGAUUCAAAUAAGUCAGAUACACAACGUACAUUUGAUUGUUUGGAGUGCAAACGCAGUUUUCAAAUGCAAAAGGAUUUGACACGUCAUAUGUCCGUACACAAGCGAGAUGCAUUAAUUAUUAAAUGUCUUUUCUGUCCACGGAAAUUUUAUCGCAAAGAAAAUCUACACAUGCACAUAAAACGACACGGAAUCACAGCAAGCGAUCUAAGCACAGCCGAAUGCAUGAUAAGCGCAACAACUCUACCGAAUGGUCCCAAAUCAAUAUUCUGCAAAGUAUGUAAUUUGCAAUUUAAAAAUAUUGUUGACUUGCGGAAUCAUUUGCUGCAAUGUUGUGCAGAACCAAAUACUCUCAUGCCUCCACAUCAUAACAUCAACUCAGAACUUAACUAUUCCAUAAUAAAUAAACAAGGAUUCGAAUUACAAAUCGAUGAUUCGGAAACAGAUGACGAAACUACUUCCACCGGAAAAGUACUGCCCAAAGCCGAAGGUAUACCACUACAGUAUACAUGUGAAUUGUGCAAUUUGAGUUGCAAACGGAAAUUUGAGAUAGCACAGCACCAACGUUCUGUACAUAAGCAUGAGCAACUGCCAUUAAAGUGUGAAAAGUGUAUAUUCAAAACUGUUUCUAAGGAUAUACUCGCAUCACACUUAAGAAAUCAAUGCUGUAAUAUAGAGAAAAAAUAUCAGUGUUCGAAAUGCACCUACAAAUUUAUGUGGCAAAUUAAUCUCGAUAUACAUAUGAGCCUACAUCAUCCAGUUGAAUUUGAACCAAAAAUUAAAGUAGAAAAUAAUACGACUCAAGUGGUAGCAAACAAUGUUGAGAAAGUAUUUCAAUGUGAUAAAUGUAAUCGCAAGUAUAAUCGCAAAGACCGUCUCACUGCACAUAUUAAAAAGGUACACGUAGAAGGAAGUAUUUCAAAUAAAGAAAAAUCAGACGAUUCACAAAUAGAUCCCGUUACUGGUGAAAAAGUCAAAAAACCAAUAAUGGAAAAAAAAUAUCUCUGCGUAUUUUGUGGUCGUGCCGUUUCUUCAUCAUCUAAUCUAAUUAUACACAUGCGUCGUCAUACAGGUGAAAAACCAUAUAAAUGUGACUUUUGUGAUAUGGCGUUUCCACGUUCAUCAGAUUUGCAAUGUCAUCGUCGUACACAUACUGGUGAAAAGCCUCAUAUCUGUACAGUUUGUGACAAAGCAUUUUCUCGUUCAUAUAAAUUGCAUACACAUAUGCGAAUACAUUCAGGUGAACGACCCUACAAAUGCACCUAUUGCGAAAAGAGUUUUACACAGUCCAACGAUCUGACACUCCACAUACGACGUCAUACUGGGGAACGUCCAUAUGUUUGCGGUAUAUGCGGUGAACGUUUCAUACAGGGCACAGCACUGAAAAAUCAUCGCCAAAUGCGCGGUCAUCAUGAAGAUAUUGAACCAAAACGAAAGACACUCUUAGAGCAGUUUAUUAAAACAGACUGUUAUAAACACUUACCAAAAUAUGUUUGCAGUGACUGCCGUGAUAAACUUAAAAAUGCCCACACAUUUGCAGUUCAGGCGCAGAAAGUAAACAAACAAUUCAUUGAAUACUUGGGGAGUCAGUAUAUCAAGCAAGAACCUGCUAUUGAAAUAGAUAGUGUAGAUAUCGAAUCAGAGGUUCUAAAUGAAUCUGAUUAUGUUGACAUUAAUAUAAACUCUUCAACAUAUGAAAAAUAUAUUGGGAAGAGAAAUUUAGAAAAAUUGUCAUCUGUGAAAAGCGUGGAAGAGUCUUUUUUAAAUGUGAAUAAUGCAACAGACGAAUUUAUAUUACCUAUAAGACGUAAUGAAAUAGCGUCUUUUACUGUUGGUUCAACAAAAGUACCUGUAACGCACAUUCCGCUUGAUAGGAAUAAGCAUACCUCAUGUUUGGAAAUUAAAAAAAAAGAUUCAAGAACAAACAGAUUGAAGAAAAAAUUGUUGCCAAAAAUUGAAAGUCUAGAAAAGAUGAUCGAUACGCAAGCAACCACUAUUAGUGAAAUGAAAAUGAAUUUUGAAAUGUAUAGUUUUAAAGUGAUAGACAGUUCUCAAGAGCUAAGAGAACUUGAAGAAAACUUAAAUGAUUCGAAAUACAAGGACUGGUUAAUUACCCAUCUCUCUUCUGUUUGUGGAGUAGAUGGUAUGUUAGAUGAUAUGGAAACUAAAUUAGAAAUCAAAGAGAGCUUUGAUGAGUCCUGGUGCAGAACGUGCAAUGAACGUACCAGUAUCAGUUUUCUUCAUUCUCUGGAAGAGCAAGUAGAAAACUGCCCAAGUCUUGCCGAUAUGUUACUUGAAAUAGCCAAAAUAAAUAUCAAAACAGAAGACGAUAAUAACGACUUACCUAGAUAUGUGUGCGGUAAUUGCAGUUAUAAACUCAAGAACGCCUAUUCGUUUGUAGUGCAGGCGCAGCAAGUAAAUAAACAAUUCAUUGAGAAACUGAAUUCAAAUGUCAGAAAAGUACAUGUUAAGCAAGUGGACUGCCUGCAGGAAGCACCUAUUGACAUGGAGAGUAUGGAAAUAAAACUUGAAAACCUAGAAGAAACUGAUGGUUACGAUGCGUUUAAAGAUAUUGAAUUCUCCUCGGAAACGGAUGCAAACUUGAUUGCUGAUGUAAGUUUAAAACAUUCAGAAGCAACGAAAACGAAUGAAAGCACUUCUGUUAAAAGUAUUAUGGCAACAGAACCUAUAUUACCUACAAAUCGGGAUGAAGCAUCUUCUGUGACUGUUGAUCCCAUUACCGUUAUGGAUACACAGUGGCAGUCUGAUAGCAAUGAAUCUAAUGGUGCAAAGAAUGAUGAUGAUUCCGAUAGUUGCGAAAAAUUCGCUUAUCGGCCAGUGAGAAAACGACGACGCGCUGCUAAAAAUACAGCAGAAUCAAAUGAAGGAAGAUUUCCAUGCAACAUUUGUGGCGAAACAUUUGCUUGGAAGAAUAGUGUACUACGCCAUGAGAGAUCCCAUUUUGCUAAGCCACAAUAUGAGUGCUCCUAUUGCGAUCGAAAAUUUUUUCGUAAGGACAAACUUAAUGAUCAUACAAAGAAACAUUUAAAACCAAAUCAAUCGAGAAAACCGCGUCAUCCUGAAUGGAACUUCGGCAAUCGCUUAUAUUCUGACAAACCAUUCCAAAAGAUACAAUGUAAAAUCUGCGAUAUGAUUUUUAACAACACAUUUGCAUUACGUAAACAUUUAGCCGUACACUCCAAUCCAGAUACGUUACUACAUUUAAAACUGGAUAGUGACAUUGUAAAAGAGUUUUUCACACAAACCGAAGAUUUAAAUGAGAUUGUGGCUAGCAUAUGCAAGGACAUUUCGCAUCAACUACUGUCUAAAUAUGUUGUAGUAGUUAAUGAAUUUGGUUAUGAAAUGUGUCUCAGUGAUUCCGAUGUGGACUCAAAAGAAAUCGAUAAAGUAACGAAAUAUAAAUGUGAAUUGUGUAAUGAGUUUUAUUUGCGUAAGCAUCUCGUUUUUGCACACAUUAAAGAGAAGCACUCAACAGAUCAACUGCCAUAUCGUUGUCUUGUUUGUAAAUUAAAAUUUGUCUGUGAAAAGAUGUAUAAACUGCACACGGAAAGUCAAUGCCGUUGUAAAGAGAAAAAGUACAAAUGCGUCAAAUGUCCAGGUAAAUUCAUGUGGCUAAAAAAUUUAGAAGAACACAAGUGUUCCAAUUGUAAAGAGGAAGAGUUGGUAUGUAGCUACUGUGAAGAAACUUUUACGAAAUUAAGUGACUUUCGAUUUCAUAUGAAUAAACACGAUGUGGAUGAGAGUUUAUUUGAUUGUACAAUAUGUGAUCAACACUGCACCCAGGCAGAUGAGUUGCGACAACAUUUUAAUGAAAAACAUGCACUUACAGGGCGUAAGAUCCGAUGCUGUCUAUGUGAAAAAAGUUUUACAAGCUUAACUCAACUCCGAGCACAUCUACAACAACACGCAGAUAGUUUGGUUGACAUCAAUUUAAAUGAAGGAUACUUUUUCAAAAUAUUUUAUCCACAAGGUUUCGUAGGCCGCGAAAAUGAAGUCACUACUAAUAUUGCAGACGAUUUUCUAACGAAAAGGUUAUCACUUUUCUAUAUAACAUUGGAUGAGGAAUAUAAUGAAAUCGACUUAUAUGACUCAGAGACAGAUAAUGAAUGUCAAAACGUUGCGGUAUAUGAAUGCAGCUUGUGCAAAAAUAUCUUUAACAGGCGUAAACAUUUACUGAAGCACCAAAAUACUGAACACACAAAUUCCGAAUUACCUUAUGUCUGUAAACACUGUAAUAAUAAAUUUGUUUGUGAUUAUCUCUUACAAAAUCAUAUGAGUCGCGACUGCCUUAAUAUUAAUAAAAAAUUUCAUUGUGAAGAGUGCGGAUCACGUUUUGUUUGGGAAGAAAAUUUAAAACUACAUAUGCAAGCGAGACAUCCUGCUAACAGAGUGCAGAAAAACCUACAGAUAGCAAAGAACUUGCAAUGUGACUUGUGUUAUAAAGUCUUUAUUUGGCCAAGAGAUUUAACGCGGCAUAAAAAGGAACAACAUAUGAGCAACGAUGAUAAAUUAGUUAAUGCGAAAGCAGUAAGAGCCGUGGGUAUUGAUGAAUAUUUAUGUAAGCCAAAUGGUACUAAGAUUGCGCGUUGUAUGAUUUGCCAAUAUAAAACCAACAAAAUUUCUGAACUUCAAACACAUCUUCGUAAUCAUCGAUACUUUUUGUCAUUUACACAGCCUGUAGAAAGUAUUUGUGCCUUGAUUUAUCCCGAAGAGCCACCAAUGCAGGAGGAGAUAUUAACUAAACGUAUUUUGUCUGAUAUUGCUAGACAAAAAUUCGAUCAUUUUUAUUCUAUUACAAAUGAGGUGGGCUAUGAAUUGAACAUUUUCAGUUCUGAUACGGAAUGUGAAGAAUAUAAUGUGAACUCUGCUCAAGAAUUUUCUUCUAAUCAACAAUCUAUUGCAACAAAAUUAAACUAUUGUGACCUUUGUGGUAUCUCAUUCGAACGUAAAUAUAAACUAUUCCAGCAUCAACUUUUGAAACAUAAAUGGAAUGAAGCACAACACGUGUGCAGCUGUUGUGACAGUAGGUUCCUGUCUGCUUCUAGUUUACUAACGCAUUUGGACAAUCAGUGUAAAAAUAAGCAUAAACGCUAUUUGUGUUUUAAAUGCCCUCGAAGAUUUAUGUGGAAGGAUAACCUUAUAAUGCAUUUACGUAUUAUACAUUUAGAGACAGAUGAUUCACAAAUUGAAGCUAAAAUUAACUCAAGCAGCAAUAAAAGAAAUAAAGCUGUUGUAUCGGAUAAAAAAUAUUUGUGCGAACUAUGUGGUUUUGCUGCAGCUAAACCAUCCAAUCUUGUCAUACAUAUGAGGCGUCAUACAGGCGAGAAACCAUUUAAAUGUGAUUUUUGCGAUAAGGCAUUUCCAAAUACAUCUGAUUUAAAGACACAUCGUCAAUCUCAUACUGGUGAAAAACCAUAUAUCUGUAAUACUUGUAAUAAAGCUUUUCCACGUGCAUACAAAUUGCGCAUACACAUGCGUACGCACUCAGGAGAACGUCCAUACAUCUGCUCUUAUUGCAACAAAAGCUUUACGCAUUCGAAAAAUCUAACCUUGCAUGUGCGUCGACAUACCGGUGAACGUCCAUUUGUUUGCGGCAUUUGUGGUCAAGGAUUUAUACAGGGUGCACAAUUGCGAAAGCAUCGCCAAUUAGUUGGUCAUCAUGAAGAUAUAGAACCCAAAAGAAAAACAUUACUAUUGGAAUAGGUAUAAUUUAGAGGGCUUGAUUACUAUUAUGAGAUAUUAUAUU